AGUGAAGUAAGUAUAAGGUUCUACUGAACUGAUAGCUGCAUAAGUAACAUCGCUUCAUUCUUGAUCCCUCUUCGAUCUGCAUCACCGAUCUUCUUCUAAUAUGAUAAAUUAACAACAACAAUCACAAUCAUUAUUAUAUUAAUAUUUAUCAUAUUUAAGACUAGAUCGGAAUCAUUCUGUUAAACCCUAACCAGAUCCAAUCUCAAUUCUCAAUUCUCAACGCCACCAUGGCUACGGUGUCGAAAAAACCUCGCAACCGCGAAAUUCUCUUCGACUCCGUAAUCGCACUCGUCUUCAUCCUCGUCGCCUGCGUCGACCUCUGUGACGGCGCCACCGUAGUAGAUGUUUACCGUCUUAUCCAAUACGAUAUCUCCGGUGUUCCGUUUGGAUCUCGUCUUGCUAGCAUCAAUCACCACGCUGCUUCUCUUCAUUUCGCUCCGAGUGCUGAUCUCUCUCGUACUGUUCUUCUUAUUCCUCUUCGUGAACUCAACAUGUCCUUUGUUCAAGAGUAUAUUGGUGGUAGCAAGCCUCUGGGGGGUUUAAUAUUUUUGCUGCCCCAGAUAUUCAGUUUUAAAAACAAAGGUGGUGCGAGUAGUAAUCAUGAUGAUGGGAGCAAAGAACCGCUGAAGAAUGUGCUGGACAAGCUUGAACAAAUACUUAUACACACCAACUUACCUUAUCCUGUUUAUUUUGCUUUUGAGGAUGAUAACAUUGACACCGUGUUAUUGGAUAUCAAGAAGAAUGAUGCCUCUGGUCAGCCUGCUACUGCAACUACUGGCGGGUACAAGUUUGUAGUUUCAGCCACUGAACCAAAGAAAGUUGGAUCUCCACCCAUUACAAAUAUUCAGGGAUGGUUGCCAGGGCUGAAGACAGAUGGUGAUUCUCAUCAAUUACCCACCAUUGCGAUAGUGGCAUCAUAUGACACCUUUGGGGCUGCUCCGGCGUUAUCAGUGGGAAGCGACAGCAAUGGAAGUGGCAUUGUGGCUCUUCUUGAAGUAGCUAGAUUAUUUUCUCUUUUAUAUUCAAAUCCGAAGACAAGAGGACAAUACAAUCUGCUGUUUGGGCUAACGUCUGGUGGGCCUUACAACUACAAUGGAACCCGUAAGUGGCUUCAGAGCUUUGAUCAACGUCUGCGCGAGAGCAUUGACUAUGCUAUUUGCUUAGAUAGUAUUGGCUCAUGGGAAAAUGAUCUAUGGAUUCAUGUGUCUAAGCCUCCAGAAAAUGCCUUUAUUAAACAAAUUCUAGAAGAUUUUUCAAGUGUUGCAGAAGAUUUAGGUUUCCAAGUUAAUCUGAAGCAUAAGAAAAUAAAUAUUUCAAAUCCUCGAGUAGCUUGGGAGCAUGAACAGUUUUCAAGGCUGAGAGUUACUGCUGCCACCCUCUCUGAACUCUCUACGGCACCUGAAUUGCUACAGAGCACCGGUGGUUUGGUCGAUGGCAGGCAAUUUGUCAACGAAGCAGCAAUUGUCAGAAGUGUGAAACUAAUUGCUGAGUCUCUCGCGAAACAUAUUUAUGGGCAUCAAGGAAAGAACGUACAGAUCUUUGCAGACAACAGUAAUUUGGCUGUAAAUCCUUCUUAUAUUCGAUCAUGGUUAGAUGUUUUGUCCCGAACACCUCGAGUAGCACCAUUUUUAUCAAAAGACGAUCCUUUUAUUACGGCAUUGAAAAAGGAAUUAGAAGAUCAUACCGAUGAAGUUAAUCUACAACGAGAAGUGCUAGAUGGGAUGUUCACUUUCUAUGAUUCAACGACAGCACAGCUGAACAUAUAUCAGGUUGCAAGUGUCACGUUUGACUUGCUGUUGCUUCUAGUGUUGGGAUCAUAUUUAAUUGUGCUCUUCAGUUUCUUGGUCAUCACUACGAGGGGUCUUGAUGAUCUAAUCAGUUUAUUUCGGCGGCCUCCUUCACGAAAAAUGAAGACUGCAUAAUGACAGGCAGGAUUGUGCUCCCAUGUUUGGUCUACGCAGUUCUCAAGUUUUAAUUAAAUAGUUUCUUAGGAUGGAAGUUUCUAAUGAAAAGCUUUGUAGUGGAUUAUAUUCAUUAGUUGUUAAGUUCAGCUGGUUUAGUGGUUAAAAACAAGUGUUUUUGCCUGUGCUAAAAUUAUGAACGCCAAAUUUUUGAUAUUCUUUGCCCGUCUUAUUUGGUGCAUUUAUGUAGAGGAAAAGGGUUGCUAAUUUUCUGUGUAGCUAGAUAUUGUUCACUAUUUACUUUGAUGUAGCUCAAUAAAAGAUUGAUUUGGUUAAUUUAUAAAA